GCCGCAUCCGGCCCCGAAUCCCAUCUGCAUGGCCGGCUGCCGGCUGCGCGAUUUGGAGCGGGAUGAGGACAGUCUGAGCGAGAAGGAGACCCUUCAGGAGAAGCUCCGCCUCACGCGCGGUUUCCUCCGUGCGGAGGUGCAGCGGCGGCUGAGCGCCCUCGAUGCGGAGCUGCGCUGCCGGGAGCUGUCCGAGGAGCGUUACCUGGCCAAGGUGAAAGCCCUCCUGCGCCGGGAGCUCGCGGCUGAGAAUGGCGACGCGGCCAAGUUGUUCUCUCGUGCCUCCAAUGGCUGCGCCGGGAACGGCGAGGAGGAGUGGGAGCGAGGGGGGCGGGGGGAGGACGGGGCCAUGGAGGUGGAGGAAGCGGCCGCCUCUUCUUCCUCCUCCUCCUCUUCCUCCUCUUCUUCCUCCUCCUCCUCCUCCUCCUCCUCCUCGCUGCUCCCGGCGCCGCGGGCUCGCAAAGCGCGGCGGAGCCGAUCCAAUGGAGAGAGCAAAAAAUCUCCUGCCAGUUCCCGCGUCACCCGCAGCUCCGGCCGGCAGCCCACCAUCCUGAGCGUGUUUUCCAAAGGGUCCACCAAAAGGAAAUCAGAGGAGGUGAACGGUGCUGUGAAGCCGGAGGUGAGCGCUGAGAAGGAUGAGGAGGAGGAGGAAGAGCUGGAGGAGAAGCCAACCAAUGGCUUUUCCCACAAGGAGCAAGAUGAGAAGAGGAUUAAAAUCGAAACCAAAGAAGGAUCUGAGAUAAAGGACGAAAUAACUCAGGUUAAAACCUCAACGCCAGCCAAAAGCUGCCCCAGAGCAGAACCGGACCCAAAGACGCUUCGGAAAUGGGAAUCCCAACGCGGUUGGACGUUGGGGGAGGGAGGAGCUCACGGCGCAUCGCGUGUCUUACAGACCACCCCUCCCAAAUGCGUCGACUGCCGGCAGUACCUCGACGACCCCGACCUCAAAUUCUUCCAAGGGGACCCCGACGAUGCGCUGGAGGAGCCCGAAAUGCUGACAGAUGAGCGCCUGUCCAUCUUCGACGCCAACGAGGACGGCUUUGAGAGCUAUGAGGACCUCCCGCAGCACAAAGUCACCUCGUUCAGCGUCUACGACAAACGUGGCCAUCUGUGCCCCUUCGACACCGGGCUGAUCGAGAGGAACAUCGAGCUGUAUUUCAGCGGUGCCGUGAAGCCCAUCUAUGAUGACAACCCGUGUUUGGAUGGUGGGGUGAGGGCCAAAAAGUUGGGGCCCAUCAACGCCUGGUGGAUCACGGGGUUCGACGGAGGGGAGAAAGCGCUCAUCGGUUUCACCACAGCCUUCGCCGAUUACAUCCUGAUGGAGCCCAGCGAGGAGUACGCGCCCAUCUUCGCCCUGAUGCAGGAGAAGAUCUACAUGAGCAAAAUCGUCGUCGAGUUCCUGCAGAACAACCGCGACGUCAGCUACGAGGACCUCCUCAACAAGAUCGAGACCACCGUCCCUCCCGUGGGGCUGAACUUCAACCGCUUCACAGAGGAUUCGCUCCUGCGGCACGCGCAGUUCGUGGUGGAGCAGGUGGAGAGCUAUGACGAAGCCGGCGACAGCGACGAGCCCCCCGUCCUCAUCACCCCCUGCAUGAGGGACCUCAUCAAGUUGGCCGGGGUCACCCUGGGGAAGAGGCGUGCCGUGCGGCGCCAGGCCAUCCGUCACCCCACCAGGAUCGACAAGGACAAAGGCCCCACCAAGGCCACCACCACCAAGCUGGUGUACCUCAUCUUCGACACCUUCUUCUCGGAGCAGAUCGAGAAGGACGAGAGGGAGGAUGACAAGGAGAACGCCAUGAAGCGCCGGCGCUGCGGCGUCUGCGAGGUCUGCCAGCAGCCCGAGUGCGGGAAGUGCAAGGCUUGCCAGAACAUGGUGAAGUUUGGGGGCAGCGGCCGCAGCAAGCAGGCGUGUCUGCAGAGGAGGUGCCCCAAUUUGGCAGUGCGGGAGGCGGACGAGGAUGAGGAGGUGGAUGACAACAUCCCUGAGAUGCCCUCCCCCAAGAAGAUGCUGCAGGGGAGGAAGAAGAAGCAGAACAAGAGCCGCAUCUCCUGGGUGGGAGAACCCAUCAAGAGCGAUGGGAAGAAGGAUUUCUACCAGAGGGUCUGCAUUGACUCCGAGACCCUGGAGGUGGGAGACUGCGUCUCCGUCAGCCCCGACGAUCCCACCAAACCCCUCUACCUCGCCAGGGUGACGGCCAUGUGGGAGGACAGCAGCGGGCAGAUGUUCCAUGCCCAUUGGUUCUGCCCUGGUUCCGACACCGUCCUGGGGGCCACCUCGGACCCUCUGGAGCUCUUCUUGGUGGACGAAUGCGAGGACAUGCAGCUGUCCUACAUCCACGGCAAAGUCAACGUCAUCUACAAACCCCCAUCGGAAAACUGGGCCAUGGAGCAGGGCGGGUUGGACAUGGAGAUCAAGAUGGUGGAGGACGACGGGAGGACGUACUUCUAUCAGAUGUGGUACGACCAGGAGUACGCCCGCUUCGAGACGCCCCCCAGAGCUCAGCCCACGGAGGACAACAAAUACAAGUUCUGCCUGAGCUGCGCGCGUCUGGAUGAGGUGAGGCACAAAGAGAUCCCCAAAGUGGCCGAACCUCUGGAUGAGGGCGAUGGGAAGAUGUUCUAUGCCAUGGCCACCAAGAACGGGGUGCAGUACCGCGUCGGCGACAGCGUCUACCUCCUGCCCGAGGCCUUCUCCUUCAGCAUGAAGCCUGCCAGCCCGGCCAAGCGCCCCAAAAAGGAGGCGGUGGAUGAAGAUCUGUACCCUGAGCACUACAGGAAGUAUUCGGAGUACAUCAAGGGCAGCAACCUGGACGCCCCCGACCCCUAUCGUGUGGGGCGCAUCAAGGAGAUCUUCUGCCACAUCCGCACCAACGGCAAACCCAACGAGGCCGACAUCAAACUGCGCAUCUGGAAGUUCUACCGCCCCGAAAACACGCACAAAUCCAUGAAGGCCACCUACCACGCUGACAUCAACCUCCUCUACUGGAGCGACGAGGAGACGACGGUGGACUUCUGCGCCGUGCAGGGCCGCUGCACCGUGGUGUACGGCGAGGAUCUGACCGAGAGCAUCCAGGAUUACUCAGCAGGAGGGCUGGACAGGUUCUAUUUCCUGGAGGCGUACAACGCGAAAACGAAGAGCUUCGAGGAUCCGCCCAACCACGCGCGGAGCUCCGGGAAUAAAGGGAAGGGGAAGGGCAAGGGGAAAGGGAAAGGCAAAGGGAAAUCAUCGACCACCUGCGAGCAGAGUGAGCCCGAACCCACCGAGCUGAAGCUGCCCAAGCUGCGCACCCUGGACGUGUUCUCCGGCUGUGGGGGGCUCUCCGAGGGCUUCCACCAAGCGGGCGUAUCGGAGACGCUGUGGGCCAUCGAGAUGUGGGAGCCGGCGGCUCAGGCGUUCCGCCUCAACAACCCCGGCACCACGGUGUUCACGGAGGACUGCAACGUUCUGCUCAAGCUGGUGAUGUCCGGAGAGAAAACCAAUUCCCUGGGGCAGAAACUGCCUCAGAAGGGGGACGUGGAGAUGCUCUGCGGGGGACCCCCGUGCCAGGGCUUCAGCGGCAUGAACCGCUUCAACUCCCGCACCUACUCCAAGUUCAAGAACUCCCUGGUGGUCUCCUUCCUCAGUUACUGCGAUUAUUACCGCCCGCGCUUCUUCCUGCUGGAGAACGUCAGGAAUUUCGUCUCCUUCAAACGUUCCAUGGUGCUGAAGCUGACGCUGCGCUGCCUGGUCCGCAUGGGCUACCAGUGCACCUUCGGGGUCCUGCAGGCGGGGCAGUACGGUGUGGCGCAGACGCGGCGCAGAGCCAUCGUUCUGGCGGCGGCUCCCGGUGAGAAGCUGCCGAUGUUCCCGGAGCCGCUGCACGUCUUCGCGCCCCGCGCGUGUCAGCUCAGCGUGGUGGUGGACGACAAGAAGUUUGUCAGCAACAUCACCCGCACCUAUUCGGGGCCGUUCCGUACCAUCACGGUUCGGGACACGAUGUCCGACCUCCCCGAGAUCCGCAACGGCGCCUCAGCCCUGGAGAUCUCCUACAACGGGGAGCCGCAGUCGUGGUUCCAGAGGCAGAUCCGUGGGUCGCAGUACCAACCCAUCCUCAGGGACCACAUCUGUAAGGACAUGAGCGCUUUGGUGGCGGCGCGGAUGCGGCACAUCCCGUUGGCUCCGGGCUCGGAUUGGCGCGACCUCCCCAACAUCGAGGUGAGGCUGUCGGACGGGACGAGCACCCGCAAGCUGCGCUACACCCACCACGAGAAGAAGAACGGCCGCAGCUCCUCUGGCGCUCUGCGCGGCGUCUGCUCCUGUGCCGAGGGCAAGCCGUGUGACCCCGCAGACCGGCAGUUCAACACGCUCAUCCCGUGGUGUCUGCCCCACACCGGGAACCGCCACAACCACUGGGCCGGGCUGUACGGCCGCCUCGAGUGGGACGGCUUCUUCAGCACCACGGUCACCAACCCUGAGCCCAUGGGCAAGCAGGGCCGCGUCCUUCACCCCGAGCAGCACCGCGUCGUGAGCGUCCGGGAGUGCGCGCGCUCGCAGGGCUUCCCCGACACCUAUCGCCUCUUUGGGAACAUCCUGGAUAAACACCGACAGGUGGGGAACGCGGUGCCGCCGCCCCUCGCCAAAGCCAUCGGGUUGGAGAUCCGAGCCUGCGUGGGAGCCAGGAUGAGGGAGGAGAGCGGAGCGGCCGUCGCCCCCCCCGCCCCAGAGAAGAUGGAGAUGACGGCCGCGGCCGACUGAGGCGCAGCCAUGGCCGCCCCACAGACACAUGCACUGAUUUACUUCACACCCCCCUCUCAGCCCCCCCCAAACCCCCCCUUUUUAUUUUUUUUUUCAAUUUCUUUCCUUUCUUUUGUUUUUUUGUUGGGUUUUUUUUUGUUUGUUUGUUUGGUUAUUUUUUUACAUAAUCCUCCACCGCUCUCUGUGAUGGUUCCCCUCCCCCUCCCAGUGCAACCCCCCCACCCUGUUUUUAUGCCGCAUCGUAUUGAAAAGAAUCGGCCGCUUUGUACAAGUGGGAAUUGAUACUUUAUGUAGUUUUUAUAUGUUGUAAUAUUUCUUCAAAUAAAUCUCUCCUAUAAAUUAUAAA